ACACACGGUAGAAGUACAAUUGCUAUUUUAAUUUAUUUUGUCAAGUUUCAGGAGGCCUAUUUUCCAACAGAAGGGGGCUCUUGAGGCUACGAGACACAGAAGGAAGAUGUUCUUAAAAAGAUUUACAGGGCCAUUGUUGGCCAAGGUGAAGGAAAGCACAGGCAUUGUGGGUCUAGAGGUAGUCCCCAACGCAAGAGAAGUUCUCAUCUCUCUGUACCAAAAGACCCUCAAGGAAGUUGAAAUAAUUCCACCAAAUGUACCCUACAGGAAGCAUGUGGAAUCCUUCACCAACCACCGCUUGAAGGUGUGCCAGGAAGAACAAGACUGGGAAGUCAUCGAGAAACGGAUCGCCUGUGGCCAGGUCGAGGAGCUCAUUGACGAUGCCAACAGUGAACUUACCCUGAUCCCCAAAAUGGCAGAAUGGAAGCCUUGGGUUGUUGCCGAUGACUACCAUUGUGCGAUUGUAGUGGAUAACACUCCCAUUCCAAAACAUGUUCCUCACCAUCGCAGUGGACCAGUGCCAGAAGGUUUUAGUUUUUUGGCAAGUAAAGCAGCAUCAGAUGAAACAAAGAUAGAAUCAGGUGAAGCUAAGCCAGCAUCGGCUUGAGAUUGAUGCAGAAGGUUAUUGCAUUUUUCUCUGUUUGAUUAUUGUCAUUAUGCUUGUUUCAGAUGUGGUAACAAGCACUUAGUAUAUUUUCAGUGUUAACUUUUAUUUAGACCCGUGCAAGUUUCCUAGUUUUCAAAUCCAUUGUUAGAGAGAAUAAUUGUUUUUAGAAAAUGCCUACUGGUAUAUUACUUGCUGGGUAGUUUACAUUAAUUCUCUGUAUUUUAGUGAUAAGCUGAAUUACUGUCGAUAACUUUAUUCUCUUUGUUGCUACCUCAGAAGUUUUGAUCAUUAUCAUAUUUGAAUGGGAAAUCUUGUCUAUCACGUGAUUUAGUCU